CGCCGACGCCGCAGCGGGUGCGAUGCCGCAACCCGCGGUACGGCUGGUGUGGCUGGGUCGGGUGCGGUACGCCGAGCUGCUGGCGCUGCAGGACCGCUGGCUGCGGGAGCUGCAAGCCGAGCCAGGCACCGAGGCCCUGUCGGGGACUGAUGCGGGCGCGCUCCUGCUCUGCGAGCCCGCGGGGCCCGUGUACACGGCCGGGCUGCGCGGCGGCCUGACGCCCGAGGAAACUGCGCGACUGCGGGCCUUGGGCGCCGAGGUGCGCGCCACAGGCCGCGGCGGCCUGGCCACCUUCCACGGCCCAGGCCAGCUACUCUGCCACUCGGUGCUCGACCUGCGGCGCCUCGGCCUGCGCCUGCGCACGCACGUGGCGGCGCUGGAGGCGUGCGCCGUGCGCCUGUGUGAGCUCCAGGGGCUGCCGGGUGCCCGCGCGCGUCCCCCGCCCUACACCGGCGUCUGGCUGGAAGAGCGCAAGAUCUGCGCGAUCGGAGUCCGCUGUGGAAGGCACAUCACAUCCCAUGGCCUGGCUCUGAAUUGCUCUACAGACCUCACGUGGUUUGAACACAUUGUGCCCUGCGGGCUGGUGGGGACAGGUGUCACUUCCCUGAGUAAGGAGCUCCAGAGGCACGUCACUGUGGAAGAAGUAGUGCCACCUUUCCUUGUGGCCUUUAAAGAGACCUACAAGUGCACAUUGAUCUCCGAGGACAACUGCAACUGAAGAGCAUUCAUGUUAUCACAGCCAGAAUAGUCCUGCCUUGGGAAGCCCCAAAUCUGACUCGAGUCACCUUCCAAAAUCCAGACUCUAGACCUGGCCUGUCAUUCACUGACCAUGAGACUAAGGGCAAAUCAUAAGCUCUGAGCCAUUGUUUCCAUAUGUAUCCUGGUCUGUUUAUAUCUUCCCACCUACCUCAGAGAUACUAGCUGUGAAAACACUAUGAAAAGCAACACAUGUGAUAUAAAACGUUAGCACCACUGCUGCCAUCAGUUUCUCAGCGUAGAGAAACUCAGAUGUCAUAGAUUGUCAUUUCUCAAUUAUUGUUAUUUCUUCUGUACUGUAUAUAGCUGGGCAAUUCUGGGCUCUUUUUCCUUUUGUGGAAAUCAAAUCUCUGGAUGACCCAGGUAAAGGUGAUGUGAUGUGCUUUUGCAAGAGACCUGGAUACUUUAGGCAA